GCAUUUCAGUUUCUCCUGUCUUGCUUUAUAGGUCUCUCUUCUUAAACUCUACUUUAAGUAGUUUUAAAUCUUUCCAAGUACAAAUUAGCCUUUUCAUCUGGUACACUUCUACAUUUUUCCUGAAGGUGAUUGGGCAAGAAAUUCACAAAGUCAUUAAUAAUGACAUCAGGACCUGAAUCAAGAAUCCGUUUUGUGUCUUGGAAUACAAAUGGUAUUAAAGAUACCACUCAGUCAGAAGAAAAAAUCUCAAAACUGCUGGACAGUCUCAAUAACCUUCAGGCUGAUGUUGCCUUUAUACAAGAGACACAUAUUGGCCCAGACUGUUAUAAAAUCUUGGAAGAUGUUCCAGGCUGGAACGUCUAUUUCACUGUGUACAGCUCUCGAAGCAAAGGAGUCGCAAUACUGAUAAAAAACACUGUACCAUUCGAGUACAUAUGCCACGAUGAGGACUGCAAUGGAAGUUACAUCGUGCUUUUCUGUCGUCUGUUUGGUGAACUUCACACCCUUGUCAAUAUUUACUAUCAUAAGGCAGACGAAUUUUUCUUGGCUAGAUUGAAAGACUAUCUGGUGGAAACAGCUGAGGGUGUUCUAGUGGUUGGAGGUGAUUUCAACACGGUUUUACAUCCCAGCUUCGAUCGGAAAUCUUCAAGUUAUCAAGCAAGACAUUCACCCUUUAGAGCAUCUUUAAAAUAUUUCACUGUUUCUCUCAAUCUCAGAGACACUUGGUCAUACUUACGGCCUACUGAUGAGGACUACACACGACGUCAGAAUGACAGUCUCUCUAGAAUAGACAUGUUUUUUCUUCCAGAACACAGAAUGGAACGUGUGCGUAAGAUCACUGUACACAAUAUCGCUGAACUGCAAGGUUUUUCUGAUCAUCAUCCUCUUGUACUAGAUCUUACAGUUCGGCAGAAUGUUAACGAAAUACUUCCAAAAGUUGCCAGUGGUGUACGCCUGUGGUGUAAGCCUUCCACACCUGACAGAAGACCAGGAAAGAUUAGUGGGGCAGAAAUACUGAGUGUCAUUAAGUCUUUGACUGAAUUAGAAGAUCUUCCACUUGAUGGAAAGGAUGUAAAAUAUUAUAAAAACAAUUCAUGUGAACUGAGUGAGAGCUUAAAAAUAGAAUACAAUUCAGUGAUGCAGAACAAAGAGAAAUUUGAGCAACCAAAUCCUCCUUAUAAUUCAGGAUACAGACACAUCUUUAAUUUGCAGUAUUUAAUAUUAUCACACAUUUUGGCAAGGCGUCUCAGUGCAUUGAUUUCCAUGAAGGGAACGGUAGAAAUAAAUCAUGAUACAUUUUUUUAUGUAAAAUUUCAGAGAGGGCCACAGAAAAUCAAGUGGCAUUUCCUUCGGUACUCCAUUAGGAAACUGCAUCCUGAGUUAUCGGACAGUGUCCUUCUACCAGAAUUAAGAUUUCUUGAUUACCUUCUUCCUAAAGACCCAAUCUUUUGUGAAUUUAGACUUUUGGAGCCUGGCUAUCCACUCACUAAUGCAAUCUUUUGUUUGGCUCUGAAUGAGCUGGAAGAGUUAGUUUUAGAAAAUAAGUUUAGAGGCACAGUCUGCUAUCAAAGACAGGUUCUGCGAAUACAUACUCCAAACAUUACAUCUGAUUCACGGGAUGUUUUUGUCAGCCAUGUCAAUAACAUAUCAGGACUUAAAAUAACUAUAAAUGAAUGAUUAUUAGACCAUUAUUAGCUCCUUAUCAGAUACUAACAGACAAAGUGAUCUUAAAUUUAGUAAUAUCACAGAAUGUAUUCAGUUUCUUUUAUAUCUGUUCUACUAAUUGCAAUUAUAUAUCAUUAGUUUUGAUAGAUGACUUGAUUUAUAAUGGAACUAAAGGUAGUAAAAAUAAAAAAAUGUAAAAUAUAUAUAUAAAUCGGGAUUACUACAGAAGUAAGAAGAUAUGGCUUACAACUAUAUUUAAGUCCAAAACACAGACUUUUAAUUAGCAUUCAAUUAUACUUUUAUAACUGUAUUUCAGUAUUAUAUUUAUUUAAAGGUAUUUAUAUUCUACAUGAAUGUUGUAGAGUUUCAAUGGCUGUCGGUUUACUUGACUACACCUGCGAAAAAACCUCACUCCUUUUUUUUUUACAUUUUGCUCUUUUUUUACAAAUUCAGUGUAAUAUUUGUAAAUCUCAAAUGUUUCUUUACUUUUGCAGUCAAUAAUUGUAUGUUAUACAUCAUUAGAAUGACUCCAAUGUAUUUCUAUGUACAUUUUAUCAAUGCAGAAAGAACAAGAUCUUAUAAUGCUUCACAUUGUAACUUAUUAAACGCUAUUUUUGUGAA